UCUUGUCAGCACAACCUCUCUGACGCCACCUGAGGAAACAGCCCCAGCUCAGCUCCAUCACUUCUCUCAAGCACAGAGGAAAACAUGGUGUCCAUCAAAGCCAGUGUGGCAGCGAUCACACUCCUCACAGUCUGUCUGCUGGCAACAAACACAUCUGCAGUCUACCAUGAAUGCUGCCGAGGAUACAUGACGCUCAAACUACCAUUUUCUGCAGUCAGGGGAUACUCAGUCCAGACGGUCACAGAACUGUGCCCCAUCAAUGCCAUCAUUUUUCACACCAAAAAGGGAAAAGCCUGCACCAAUCCUGCUUUCAACUGGGUGAUGGACUACGUCAACCGAAUUAGAGCCAAGGCACAAAUGGUUCACAUCAAGACCUCAAAGAAGCAGGAUUAGACCUCAGUGAUGAAGAUCUGCUAGUGACAGUGGAGUCCAGCUAUUUAUGUAGUCGUGUUUGUAUGACGUGUUUGCAAUAAAGGCCAGUACGUCUGCUCAGUUAUAGGAGCACUUUAAAUGUAUAUGCUUUUUUUAUACUAGAUGUUGAACUUGUACAUUAAUUAUUAAUCAAUAAAGUUUUGUUUAAAAAAAGUA